GCCGCCCCUGCAACCUUCGCCCUCCACCGGGGUGGCCGGCUCCGCCCCCUCUCGAAUCUCUCUCGCGACCCAAAAUGGCGGCGGAGGUGGAUUUCGGCGACCUGGAGCUCUUUGAGGCGUUUGACCACCCAGAGGAGUCGAUGCCGAAGCCCGUUCACACGCGCUUCAAGGACGAUGACGGGGCCGAGGAGGACGAAAACGGUGUUGGCGACGCGGAGCUGCAGGCGCGGCUCCGGCAGUGCGAGGAAACCAUCGAGCGGCUCCGCGCCGAGAAUCAAGAACUUAAAAGAAAAUUGAACAUUCUGACUCGACCGAGUGGAAUACUGGUGAACAAUACUAAGCUAGAUGGACCUUUAUUACAAAUUCUGUUUAUGAACAAUGCUAUUUCAAAGCAGUAUCAUCAAGAAAUAGAGGAAUUUGUAUCAAAUUUAGUAAAAAGAUUUGAGGAACAGCAGAAAAAUGAUGUGGAAAAGACUUCCUUCAAUCUUUUGCCCCAGCCAUCCAGCAUUGUAUUAGAAGAGGACCACAAGGUAGAAGAAUCCUGUGUCGUUAAAAACAGCAAGGAAGCUUUCAGUGUUGUAGGAAGUGUCCUGUAUUUUACUAAUUUUUGCCUUGAUAAAUUGGGGCAACCGCUACUAAAUGAAAACCCUCAGCUUACCGAAGGAUGGGAAAUACCCAAGUACCAGCAAGUCUUCAGCCACAUUGUUUCUCUAGAAGGGCAAGAAAUACAAGUAAAGGCAAAAAGGCCAAAGCCUCACUGUUUCAAUUGUGGUUCUGAAGAACAUCAAAUGAAAGAUUGCCCGAUGCCUCGGAACGCUGCUCGAAUCAGUGAAAAGAGAAAAGAGUACAUGGACGCCUGUGGUGAGGCAAACAGUCAGAAUUUCCAGCAGCGAUAUCAUGCAGAGGAAGUAGAAGACAGAUUUGGAAGAUUCAAGCCAGGAGUUAUCAGUGAGGAACUUCAGGAUGCACUGGGUGUGACAGACAGGAGUCUUCCCCCUUUUAUCUAUCGGAUGCGUCAGCUGGGAUACCCCCCAGGAUGGCUCAAAGAGGCUGAAUUGGAGCACUCAGGACUGGCCCUCUAUGAUGGGAAAGAUGAUGCUGAUGGUGAAACGGAGGCUGGAGAAGUGCAGCAGAAUAAAAGUGUCACUUACGAUCUCUCGAAAUUGGUAAACUAUCCAGGUUUUAAUAUAUCUACACCCAGAGGAAUUCCAGAUGAAUGGAGGAUGUUCGGUUCCAUCCCCAUGCAGGCUUGUCAGCAGAAGGAGGUGUUUGCCAGUUACCUUACCUCCAACUUCCAGCCGCCCGGUGGUAAGUCUGGCAGCAAGAGGUCUUCCUCCCAGUCCAGCCCCAGGAGCCCAAAGAAGCAGAAGAAGGAAGGCAGCUCGGCAGCGUCCCCCGCCGACAUGGAUCUCGACUCAGAUGGCUCCCGCGGCAGUGGAGGUUUUCACUUUCAGCCUCCGUUACCUCCGGGCACUCCCCCUCCACUCCCACAGGGGGCUCCUUCUCCCGUCUUCACUCCUCCGCUCCCCAAGGGCACCCCCCCGCUGACUCCCAGCGACUCGCCCCAGGCCCGCGCGGCCUCUGCAGCCGUGGAUGAAGAUGCGCUGACUCUGGAAGAACUUGAAGAGCAGCAGAGACGGAUCUGGGCGGCCCUCGAGCAGGCCGAGAGCACCCACAGUGACUCCGACCUCCCUGUGGACACGCCCUUAACUGGAAACUCGGUGGCCUCCUCACCUGGUCCCACCGAGCUGGACCUCCCUGGGCCGGAAGGAAGCACAUCCGACAAGCAGGAGCUGGAUCUGCUGGAACCUCAAGUACCUGACGUUUGUGCAGAAAAAGCAGAAGUUGAACCCUGCUCGAGUCCAGACUCUGAGGCCACGCUACCUCAUCAGGAGAAGGAGGAGCCUGCCCAGCUGGAUUCAAAAGGUGAGGAGCCUGCCCAGCUGGAUUCGAAAGGUGAGGAGCCGGCUCAGCUGGAUUCGAAAGGUGAGGAGCCGGCUCAGCUGGAUUCGAAAGGUGCUCUGGAUAACGGCAGCGCCGCGUCCGACGGUGACAUUAGGAACGGAGGCAGCCAGGUGCCCCUACCGGUGGACGCCAGGCCUUCUAUGGCCACUAAAGUUCACAGCCCCGUCCCUGACAUGAGCAAGUUUGCAACUGGAAUCACACCGUUUGAGUUUGAGAAUAUGGCGGAAUCCACUGGAAUGUACCUCAGGAUACGAAACUUGUUGAAGAACUCUCCCCGCAACCAGCAGAAAAACAAAAAGGCUUCUGAGUAACUGCUCCACGGAGCCCCGAAUGCUAUUCAUUGUACUCAGAUGCACUUGUUUCCUGUUUGUCCCUGCCACGUUUGAAAAUCUCUCCAAGAUUAAAUGGUGGUCCACAGGCCCAUUUCCAGGAGCGAGAAGACUGGGCUCCCUACUUUACUGUGUUUUAUCCUCACUGACAGAACCCCAGGAGGGAGCUGUAAGUCUGUGAUGGCUUGGAGACAGUUUGUUAAGGUUUGUACUAUUUUUGGAUUGUGAGUGUCCAUCAAGAGUACUGGUUUUUAUCUGUCUUUUGUACAUUGUUUUCCCUUUCUACAUUUUGCUAAUUAUCCUGUAUACAAGUUUAAUAUAUCACUUUUUUAAAAGAAAAAAUUCUAACCCAUUUCAGAUUCAUGUUUUCAGCUCCAGCAACGAAAUGAGAACAAUCAGGGAGGAGCAGCUUCAGCCAUGUAGAGUGUUCUAGCAGAUGAUGUUCACGCAUCACUUUCAAUAACACUUUUUUUUGCUUUGUUUGUAACGUCACUCCUCAGCUAAGCUUUCCAGACAGGUGCAUUCAUUUUUGUGUACAAAGGUUUAAUAAAUUAGUUUUCACACACAUAAUCUAAGACUUUGAGUACAGUAAAAGGAAUUCACAGUUAAAUUAGUGUAUAUAACCUUUUAAGUUUGGAAGUAAAUUAUGUGACUAAGAAUUAGUGGUAACAAAGGAAACAUACUACAAGAAAUUGCAAGUUUAGGUGCUUUCACUAUUUUAAGCCUUAAAUAAACAGCAAAUUUUGUAAAGUAUUAUUUUGAAAAAAAUAACAACAACAAGGUGGAGGGCAGCUAGCCUUUGUACAAAAAUAAUUUUCUAGAUUUGGAUCCUAAGAUCAUUAAAAAUUAAAAAGUAGACAUAAGCAAACUGCUUUUUUAACUAUCAGAUGUAGGGAACAGAGCUGAAACUAUGGUUUUUGUCUUUAUGUAGCAUCCCAUUCCAUCUUUAUGCUUUAUACUUGGUCACGGUUGUGAAAGUGAACAUGUGGAGAUCUUGAAUUCUUAGUCUCAGGUCCUGUUAUCCUGCUCUCAGACCAACAGAGGGAGCAAAAGAGAACCAACCAUUCUGGAUUUGGGUUUCAUUGUUGAGAACUUGGGUAAUCAGAUUUACUGUUCUAUAGACAAUAAUGGGAAAGAGAAUUCUGUGGAAGGGGGUAAAUUUAUUUUGAGGGCCCUUACAGAGCGCUAGACGUGGGGGAUAUGUUAAGUACUGUGGCCUUUCUUCCUCUGAGUUGAAGUACACACACGUUAUCUUACUCGACAUUUCUGUCGGACAAAUGCAUUAUGGCCACGUGGAAAUAGGGACAGGGAGGCACACAGAGGUCGAAGGGACUUGUCAGCAUUCGAGAAGUGGUUCUCGAGAGGGUGGUCUUCAGCUAACCUCUUAGCUAUUCCCUAAAUCAUCCAAGCGCUUCAAAUGCCCCUUUAAGUGUUACACUGGUUUAGCUGUUUGUGAGUGCCAGAAUUUCCUGACAGUUAAAUGCCUAAAACACAAAGCUGGUGAACCUCGCAAACCUGAAUCCAGCUCUCCACACCCAGGCUCUGAACCCCCACACGGCCUCUCCCUCUCAAAAGCUCUGUGAAGGCACUGCGCUCCCCUUGCUGAGCGCACACUUGGGUUAGCGUUCCUGUGCUUUGCAGCAGUGAGAAGCAAUGACAGAAUCCACUUUGAGAGCUCCUGCUUAGUUAGCGUCCAGUUCAGGAAGUGGCCACGUGAGGAGUGGGGAUGGCCUUCAGAUGUCCACAGCACGGCUAACCUCUUCAGUUAGAGGAUGUUUGAAGACUUCUGGAAAAACAUAACCUUGAGUGAACCCUAAAAGUGUAGGGCAGGAGGGCUCGACAGACAUAAAGCAGUGACAUACGCAGGUUAACAGCCUGAGCCAAAGAAACAGGAGCACAAGAAUGUGGGAUGGUAGGGGGAAAAAACUCUUAAAAGUUGCUUACUCCUGGUGCUGGGAACUCUGAAUGUCACCACUAUAGGAUUUGAAUUCAUUAGGGAAAAGGAUCCGGAAAGAUCUAUCCGUGGAGUGACCUCAUCCAAGCGGUAUUUGCAGAAGAUAAACCCUAAUGCAGAAUUUGGGCUGAGUCAAGAGUGGAGACCAUUUACAGAAGGGAGCGCGUGACCUUGGGAAGAGUUUGCCUCUUGAGCUGCCCUGUUUUUGAAACACAUUCUGUCUGCUGUGUUCGAGUAUUAGGAAGAUAUGAUGGGUGGAGGAAAGGUUGCCGUUUGGGCUUGUCCGUGCUGUGACAGGGCUCCAGGUGUGGGGAGGUGAGGUAAUAGCCAAAUACUUGUACUUCAAGAUGGAUUUGGGACAGGGUGGGGAGCUGCCUUCCGCCUUUGUCUUGAGGCAAGAGGGGUGUGAAUUGUAAUACCGGCAGCUAAAACAAAGCCAGCUCUUUGUCCUGUCAUUAAGCAGGUAAGUGGAAAGAAGGCACUGCAUCUCUUUAAGUUCUGCCUGCUUUGUGCUACCCAGAGGCUUCCUCCCAGUGCUUUUAUUCUUCAGGUUCUCUGCUGGAAUCAUUUGGGUUUUUGUCCUGGACUUUGUUAUCAUUAGCAGGAAAAACCUGCAAGGGUGUUGUAACAAUUUUUAGAACCGAAGUGGCUUGUGAGGCAUGACUCAGUUCCCAAGAACAUCUUCACACGGGUUUUUUUUUGCAGGGUUUAGGAAAAUUCCUUUCAGCCUAAGCAGCUUCACUUGAUUUAAUGGCAUAGAUUCACUUCAGAUCGUUUAGGAUCAUUUUGUUAAAGGAAAGUGUUUGUAAAUACUUGUGAAUGCGACUCACUUAAAUAGUCUUGGCACAAGGCACGGUUGUACGUCACCACAGCUGACUAGGCUGUCUGUGUGGGAGCGGGAGGGAGGGCUGCCACAGCUGUCUGAAACGUGGUGUCUUGGUCUCCUAAAAUGAAGUGCAUUUGGUUGGGGGAGAGGGAAGGCAGUGAGCAAGCAAGAUCCAGUUACGUGGAAACAGCUCCCUCACCAUUCAUCCAGUGUUCAGAGCCUGUGUCUGGUCCUGAAUUGGUGGAUUGUCUCAGUUGGAAAACCACCUCUUUAAAGUCCAUAUCCCUGACCUUUCUGUUAGACAUGCAACACAGAUCCUACUGCCACCGGUACAUUUUCAUUUGUAAUUAAAUGACACCCGUCUUAGUCAUUUAAAGAGUAAAUGUAGCUGUUUUUACUUUGAAGCAUUUUAAGUGUUUACCUUGUAAGCAGAAGGAAUAAUAAAGCCAUAAAUUUGAAGGAAAUCAUAGAGGAUGCCACAUAAUUUUCCUUCGUACAGUAUAGAAAUUUAUUUUUUCACCAAUUUUCUAAACCUAAAAGUUUUUUAGUUCUCAAAAUGAAAAUUCUUGAUUCUGUUGCUGAUUAGAACUGUAGCACAAGUUUAUUGUACAAAUUUAAACAAAACAACAGUGUAAAGGUCCUUUUAACAACUUUCAAAACCAAAAUCAAUGUUCAUAGUUUGCUUUGUCUUUUUCCUGAGCAAAUACAUGUAACUAAAGGUUUUCUUUACAUGUAUCUGUAAGUAGCUUUUAAUCAAAGUGAGGUUACUAUAUUUUCCAUGUCAGUAUUUGGAAUUAAUUAUUAUUUAAUGACCGGACAGUGGUAUGCCACAUUUUACUGAAUAUUGUUUACAAUAUUGACUACAAUGUUUUGUUGUUUACAAUGCUGCAGUGAAUGUUUUUAAAGGUAAACCUUUGCAUCUUUGUGGAAAUAUAUGCAUAGGAUGCAUUCCUGGAUUAUAAAUCAGAUGAAAUAUGUUACUUUUUUGGCCAUUUUUAUUUCUAACAUGAGUUUUUUUAAUAUCCUUUUUCAAUUGGUUACUUGAUAUAGGAGGCAGCUUCUAAAAGUUCAUGGAGAAUGGUAUUAAGAUAUUUUGGUGCAAACAUUUUUGAAAUCCAUGCAUAAUUCUUUCAUAAUACCCAUCUUCCAUGAACUUUUGAAGACCUCUCAUAUUGUAAUUAUAAAAAAAAAAAAAAAGCCUAUGUUUUGUUGGGUAUGCUGCAAAAUCCUGUUUUCAGUUAUGUAUAUAAGCUUUCCUUCGUGAAUGGACGGUGUUGUGAUGUUUUGUUUCCUGUUUGUUGGCCCUCUGAUGCGUAGUGAUGCUAUUGGACUGCAGUCAUACUGCAAGCUCCACUCCUCCCCGGUGUUUCAUGGUGUGAGCCGCAAGAUGGAAGUCUCAGUACUUCUCCCAUUUCUUCUUGUGUAGGUGAUUAUGCUAAUUACUGUUCAGAUCUGCCUCACUGUGUCCUCACAGAUGACUAUUUUUUUGGAUUUUCUUUAUGAAUAAACUGGUAAGACUCCUUUUGUUGGAUUUUUUA